AACAGCAUGGCCCUCACUGUGCACCUACUGGCUUGUAUAUUUGGCAUGGGCUCAUGGAUUGCCAUCAAUGGACUUUGGGUGGAGCUGCCGCUCAUUGUGAACGUGCUCCCCGAAGGCUGGGACCUCCCCUCGUACCUCACUGUCAUCAUCCAGUUGGCCAAUGUGGGACCUCUGUCAGUCACCCUCAUGCACAAGUUUGCACCAGGGAAGAUGAAAGAGAUUAUUGCCAUAUAUGUCAUUAUCAGCAUCGGGAUACUGGCCAGCUUAUUGCUGGUGUUCUUUUGGAAGGAAACUACACUCCUGGCAGGUAAAUUACACAGCACAGCAUUUCUGAUCUUGACGUUUUUCUUAUCGUUGGUGGACUGCACGUCUUCUGUGACCUUUCUCCCUUUCAUGAUGAGACUCCAGACAAUGUACAUCACCACUUACUUCAUUGGAGAAGGUCUAAGUGGCUUUGUCCCUGGCAUUGUGGCCAUAGGCCAGGGCGCUGGGAUGAUCAAGUGUGUGAAUGUCUCGAAGGCAGCCAACAUGACCAUGGAGAACCUCACCGAUGGAGCGAGUCUCUACCAGACUGAAGCCCAUUACUUGCCUGCUAACUUCUCCACUGAAACGUUCUUGAUUUUCCUCAUGGUCAUGAUGAUUUUUUGCCUGGUGGCUUUUGUUUUCCUCACUCGGGUCGCCUGUAUAUCUCACAAGAGUCCCAGUGAAGAGCAAGUCUCAAAUCAAGCAGUUCAUGUCUCCACCACUGAACCAGAACUGAGUAAAUACUUCUCCAAGCGACCAGCGGAUGCCCAAGGCCCCAGUCUAACAAGUCUUCAGAAACAGGUGGCCAAUUCUAAGUUUGCAACUGAAGCACAAAAUUUGACAAUCUGUGUGCUCACGGGGUAUUCCAGACAUCAGCUCCUGUUCCUUUACCUUCUGGUAGUCUGGGUGAAUUCAUUGACCAAUGGCUUUCUACCAUCAGUGCAGAGCUACUCAUGCUUGCCUUAUGGGAACACCGCCUACCACCUUUCGGCUGCCUUGAGCUCCAUGGCUAAUCCUGGUGCCUGUAUCAUUGCUUUAGUCCUGCCCAACAGGUCCUUGUUGCUGCUGGGGUCUCUGACUCUGCUUGGAACGACAUUUGGUGCCUACAACAUGGCCAUGGCUGCCCUGAGUCCCUGCCCCUUACUGCAGCAUUCUUCAGCUGGCUCUGCCCUGAUUGUCGUUUCAUGGAUUUUAUUUACUGGGACCUUGUCCUAUGUCAAGGUGAUGAUUGGAAUCAUUUUCCGCGAUGAGAGCCACAGCGCCCUGGUGUGGUGUGGAGCAGCAGUGCAGUUUGGCUCCAUGAUUGGAGCACUGACUAUGUUUCCGCUUGUAAAUGUGUUUGAGGUUUUUCAAACUGGGGACAACUGCAAUACAAACUGCCCCCUCUAA